AUGGAUUUAAUAUUAUUGAAUCAACAACAAAUCAAAAUGAAAACGCUUGAUGAAAGAAAAAAUCAAUCAUGGUUAAUAUUUACCAAAGAUGAUCAAAAUAAUAAAAAUAGUUUCAGUCAUAUUCUAUCAACAUUAUUACCAUGUUCAAAUAUUCGAAUUUUUGAUAUUCGUAAUUCAACUUUAGAUAUGAUUUGUUCUGUAACACCAGUUCUAUUAACUACUUAUCAACAAGUAUCUAUUAUUUUUGCAUGGCAACUUGAUCAAGUAGCACUUAAUGAAAAUAAUGAUGAUUUAGCAUUUAAACAAAAUGAAGAACUUAUAUGUGGAACAUUAUCACUUAUUCUUCAAACAAUUCAAAAAUCAUCACCAUAUUUUUAUCCAUUCGUAUAUGUUCUUACAGAUCAUGCUCAAUUUAAUAAUAAUUCAAAUCUUAAUAUAAUUGCAUCACCAUUUAUUCGGCUUGCACGAAGUUUAAUAACUGAAUAUGAACGACAUCGAUGA